AUGUCACAGGUGGGGGGUCUUUUUUCUUUUUCUUUUGUUCUUGAGUUGGUCGUACGGUUCGGGGGUGCAUAUCGCUUUUGUAAAAGAGAUUUUCUUUUAAUCUAUCUAUCUAUCUAUCUAUCUAUCUAUCUAUCUAUCUAUCUAUCUAUCUAUCUAUUUUCAGCCUACGCCAGCUCACUCCUGCAGCCUCCAGCACACCUGCAGCUUCCAGCACUCCUGCAGCCUCCAGCUCACUCCUGCACCUUCCAGCUCCCUCCUACAGCUUUCAGCUCACUCCUGCACCUUCCAGCUCUCUCCUGCACCAUCCAGCUCUCUCCUGCAGCUUCCAGCACUCCUGCAGCCUUCAGCUCACUCCUGCAGCUUCCAGCAGUCUCCAGCUCACCCCUGCGGCGCUCUACUGACGUCCCGCUACCUAUUCCAGCACCCGCUGACGAUCUAAUCCAGCGCCCGUUAUCGUCCGGACACUGUUCCCGAACAAACGACCUCUGUCGUCUUACCAUCCACCGUUCGCUAAUAAAGACACGAUUUCCAUCGUCUACAACAGACCAUCUGCGUUUGUCAUCCUUCUUUGCUAUUGCCAUCUCCUUGCCUUUGUGUCCCCUUUUUAGUUUCUGUUCCUAUCUAUCUAUCUUUCUAUCUAUGUGUGUUCCUAUCUAUAUAUUUAUAUAUCUAUCUUUGUUCACAUCUAUCUCAGUCUGUUCCUAUCUAUCUAUCUAUCUAUCUAUCUAUCUAUCUAUCUAUCUAUCUAUCUCUUCAUAG